AGCCAGAGCAGCCAAGCUUGGCUACCUAGCCAAAAUCCUACAUAUUUUUGAGGAGUUAUUCCAGGGCUUUCUUGUGAAGAUGAGCAGUGAUCUGCUGCACAUGGCUUUGAGGCUUCCACAUGUACAGUACAUAGAAGAGGACUCCUAUGUAUUUGCUCAGAGCGUUCCCUGGAAUCUUGGCCGAAUUAUCCCAGCGCAGUACCGAUCAAAUGAGUACAACCCUCCCAAUAAGGGUGACCUGGCUGAGGUGUAUCUGCUAGAUACUGGUGUCCAGAGCAACCACCGGGAAAUCAAGGGCAGGCUGUUUGUGACUGACUUUGAGAAUGUCCCAGAGGAGGAUGGUACUUGUUUUCACCGGCAGGCCAGUAAGUGUGACAGUCAUGGGACUCACUUGGCUGGAGUUGUAAGUGGGAGAGAUGCUGGUGUGGCCAAAGGAGCCAGCGUCCGUAGCCUCCGGGUGCUGAACUGCCAGGGGAAGGGCACGGUUAGCGGCACUCUGAUAGGUCUGGAGUUUAUUAAAAGGACCCUGGUUGCCCAGCCCUACAGUCCUCUGAUUGUGUUGCUCCCCUUGGCCGGGGGCUACAGCCACAUCUUGAAUGCAGCUUGUCGCCUGAUGGUGCGGAUGGGAGUGGUGAUAAUUGCUGCAGCAGGCAACUACAAAGAGGACGCUUGUCUAUAUUCACCAGCAUCAGAACCAGAGAUUAUCACUGUUGGAGCCACCAAUGCCCAGGAUCAGCCUGCUUCCAUGGGAACCUUGGGAACCAAUUUCGGCCGUUGCGUAGAUGUGUUUGCACCAGGAGAUGAUAUAAUCGGUGCCUCCAGUGAUUGCAGUACCUGCUUCACAUCACGAAGUGGAACAUCCCAAGCAGCUGCACAUGUAGCAGGUAUUGCAGCCAUGAUUCUGAACACCAACCCUGCUCUGUCUGUCUCUGAACUGAGACAGAGGCUGAUCCAUUUCUCCAUCAAAAACCUUAUCAGUGAAGCCUGGUUUCCGGAAGACCAGAGGCUGAUCACCCCCAACAGAGUAGCUGGCAUUCCCUCCAAACUUGUAGCAGAUGAGCAGCUCUAUUGCCGCUCUGUGUGGUCACCCUUAUCUGGUUCCACUCAAACAGCUAUUGCCCACUGCAACAGCAAUGAGGAAAUGUUCAGCUGCUCAAGCAUAUCCAAAAACAGCAAGCGACGAGGAGAGCACAUUGAGGAUCAUGGAGGCAGAAAGGAGUGCGUGGCUCACAAUAAGUUUGGAGGUCAAGGCAUUUAUGCUGUAGCCAGGUGUUGCAUUUGGCCCAAAGCUGGCUGCCAACUUAACACCUGCACCCAGGCUGCAGAGGAUGCAGCAAUGAGAAGUGUCAGCUGCACUACGGACAGCCAUGUUUUGACAGGUUGCAGCUCCUAUUCUUUGGAUCAUGAUUUCAGUGAAAAGGUCAGACCUGUACUAAGGACAGAGAGCAACCAUGACCAAUGCAUAGGUCAGGCAGAUGCAAUUGUGCAUGCCUCAUGCUGCCAUGCACCUAGCCUUGAGUGCAAGGUACAAGAAUACUCUCCUGUGGAUUACACAACUAAGGUGAUGGUGACUUGUGAUGAUGGCUGGACUCUGACAGGAUGCAAUGCAUAUUCUCACGGUCCCAAUACAUUUGGUGCAUACUCCACAGACAACACCUGCAUCGUUAUGAGCAGCCCACAUGGCAAAGGAACAGUGGCUGUUGGAAUCUGCUGCAGGAGACGACACUCGAAAAAUGAGAAUCGGAGUUCCAAGUAUAAAUGA